AUGGCGCAUAGUUUUGUAACUAUGAAUUUACUGCUAUACAUGGCAGCAUUUUGGCACUUGUCCUUAGCAACAAACAAUUGCUAUAUAGAUGAAGAUACGCGUGUAGACUGCCGCUAUACAAUAAUUUGUGAGCAAUAUGCUGGUUCUGCACCUAACCCAUCGUGCUCAUUUGAUCCCUACGUCACUUUUAUAAUUAAAAACUCUUACCUCGAGUACUUGACUGCUGGAUUUUUUGGCGCAACAAAUUUCGACUCGCGUGUCAGAAAAAUACAAGCUGUAGACAAUACAUGGGCGCAAAUAGAAGAAUCGUCAAUAAGAUAUUUCACUAAAGCAGAAAUCGCCGAUUUUUCCAAUAAUCGUAUUCAGCACGUUAAAAACUACGCGUUCAAAAAUCUACUUUCUUUAAAAAAUUUAAAUCUUUCGAGAAAUUUUAUUCAAACAUUACCGAGUGGUUCUUUGAUGGCAGCUGAGAAUCGAAUAUCUUCAUUGAUUGUUGUUGAUUUGUCGUAUAAUAGAAUUUCUAAUAUUACAACAAAUGCAUUUAAGUACUUGUCUAAUCUAAUGGAAUUGUAUUUAAAUUAUAAUAAUAUUAUUUUUAUUGAAGAUAAUGAGUUUGGUAGUUUGAAUAGCUUGGACGGCAUUUUCAAGCACAGUUCAAUCGCAUUCAUUAAUCUUCAAAAUAACAAUAUAACUGCGAAAAUAACUGAAAAUACUUUGAAGGGAUUAGAAAACAUUACAUUUUUAGAUUUAUCCGGACAAAGGUUUAAUGAUUUAACGGAAAAUGCCUUUUCUGGCACAUUCCAAAAGUUAAAAGUUCUUAAACUCUUAAAUGUGUCAUCUAAUUCAUUAAAAAAUCUCAGAUUCGGGACGUUUAGGGGCUUAAACGCAGUUGAAGUACUAGAUUUAUCAAGAAAUGCAAUAACUGAAAUAGACGUUCAUGUAUUUCAUGAAUGUAUUGCAUUGAAACGUUUAGUAAUUGACUAUAAUCAACUCAAAUCAUUCAAUAUAGAACAGUUAAUAAGUAUAUCACCUGCCCUCGAUACAGUGAGCAUUGGGGGAAAUCCAAUUGAAUGUAAAGAAAUUGUUCGCAGUAUUAGAAACUUAAUUGAUUCCAAUAUGCAAAAAGCUUUGGAUACCAUCCGGAUUGUACAGGUAACAUCUGUUGACAAAAUCUAUCACGAAGAUAACGUCCAUGGUAUAAAAUGUGGAGAUGCGGAUUACACCAACUCUACAACGAAGGUUCAAGAGGCUGAAUCUCAAUCAAACAUAUCUGGAUUGUCAGUCUUUGUAGGCAUUUCAGUUACAAUUUUAGUUGGUGCGUUAAUAGUUCUAGGGGCCUACUUAAUUUAUAAACUUAAAAGUGGGAAUAUGCAUUCAGAAUCCAGAUUGCAAAUGAGGCAUUCUAUGGAUACUAGUAUUUCUGACUUUCAAGGUAAUCUUUUAAAUUAA